CACGUUCUUACUGCUUAAUGUUGUCCUUUCAUGUGGGCUCUUGAGUAAUUUUUUACUUUCAGUUGUAUUAAUAUCAUGCAAUCUAGCUUUCAAAAUCUGAUUCUUUGGUGGAAUCGGGUCUCUCAAAUUGGUUAUAAUCUUUAUAUAGGGAAUAAUAGUUUCUAAUGAAGACAGUCUUUAAAUCUGAAUGAAUUCCUCUGGUGAUGUGGAUACUUCAGUGGGGGGGUCCUAGUCCAUCUUGUGAUAUUACAUAUCACAUAUCUGAGAUUGGACAGCUGCUGAUGUAAAAUACCAAGAAGCCAGUGUGUGUGUGCUGAGUGAGGAUGGUGUCCUUCAGACCGUGGGCAGGUCUGGAGCCCAUGGUCAAAAAACAUCUACAAAAUGCAGAGGUUUCCUCAGGGGGAUGGAUAGUCACAAACAUACACCUUGUGUAAGUGAAUUACCAGCUGUGGUUGACAGAAGAAGGCAUUUAGGUUAUAUACAUUAAGUAUCAAGAGAGGAAAAGCAAUAUUUUUUAAAUAUGGAAACUCUACCAGUGGUUUGGUGUUGUAAGUAGAGAACUCAGGUGUCUCUGUGUGGCUUCUGCUUUUGCCAAGUUACAGCACGAGAUGAAGCAAGAUGGAACAGCUUAGCAUGCUUUGCUUUACUGGGUACAGACAUGUUCCACUUGAUCUGGAACAAUUAAAGUGUAGAGCCCUGACCACAAACUGCUGUGAGCAGGCACCGGGUGGCUCAUCUGGAAACCCGAAGUGUCAAACAGCGCUGGGUGCUGCGGGAGACAUCGCUGUGGUUUGUGAGAGCUCAGAGAUAAUCUGUGCCCCCAGAGCUUGUCUAGAGAAAAUGCUUUAGUUUAGGAAAGGGUGCUGAAAUGAAUCUUUCUUACUUAUCCCUUCUCUAAUUUAAGGAUAGUAAUUUCAAAGGAAGUUUCCAAGGAGCUUUCUGCUGCCUUGCUGCUGUCUCACAUUGGACACGUGGCCUGGGAGCUGCAACUGGUCUCACCUGUGCUGCUUUCCAGUGGCAUCACCCAGUAACUCCCACAUCAGCAGUACAACUUUUUAUGUUGUCAGAGCCUACAUCCAGCUGCCAGGCCCUCCACAAACUCGCAGCAAACAAGAAUCCCUAUUUCUUUUCUCCCAGAAAAAUAACUUAAAGCAGCUGCUUUGGCUCCUUGGAUUCUCUCCCACCUCAGGACAGAGCCCUGUACCUGUUUUGCUGAAUUCAGGGCUGCUGUCUGUUUGUUGGGAUCAUGGUGACAGAGAGGACAAAGCCCCUUGCUCACUGGAAGAGGGACAUAUUAAGCGCUGCAACACCAGUCCUGAGCUGUUAGCAGUGGAUUUUGAAACCUGCUCAAGUUGGGAUGGUGUCUGUGACCGUGUUCUGUGACUCAGGAUCCAUGCGAAGCAGCCAAGGAAAAGGUCGGAUGCAAAACACACAGUGGGAUGCAGGCGUACAAAGGCAGAGCUGGGUGCUCCCCCAGGGCUCAGACUGGGACAACCCCGGCAGUUUUUGGCUGCCAUAUGGAGGACCACACCAAGCGUGUCCAGCCCAUCCCGCUCCCGGCCAUGCAGCAGAACUUGAACUACAGGUACCCCCAGAUUUUUUGGGUGGAUAGCUGUGCUGAAGCAAGUACUUCCUGCCCCUCGGCACCCCCUGUUGCUCCUUUCCCACCACCAGUACCGGACCGGAGGAAAAAGCCAGGGAAAAACAGGGAAAGGAGGGGCUUCGACUUCCUGGUGAUCUACUUGCUGCUCCUGCUGGCCUUCGCUGGAAUGGGGCUGAGCAUGUUUCGAAUUUUUCACCUGGAGAAGGAACUGGCUGAACUCAGAGAGUCUGCCAGCGCUGAACACAUCCCUCCAGCUCUGGAGAAACUCAUAGGGCAGAAGGAGUCAAUGAAAAAAGAAGAAAGAAAGGCAGCACACUUAACAGGGAGCCCAUCCCAGCAGGGCCUCCCUCUAGAGUGGGAGCCCAUCUCUGGCCAUGCCUACACCAGUGACAUUCAGUACCGUGACCGGGGGCUUGUCAUCAAUGAGACCGGGCUGUACUUCGUGUACUCCAACGUGCUGUUCCGGGGCAAUGUCUGCGACAACCAGGUGCUCACACACAUUGUCUACAAGAGAAACCCGAGCUCCCCGGGCAGCUACGUGCUGAUGGAGGACAAAGGCAUCAACUACUGCACGGGUCACAGGACGUGGGCCCGGAAAAGCAACCUGGGGGCUCUAUUCAGUCUCAGGAAGAUGGACAGUGUGCAUGUCAAUGUCUCCAAAAUCGCUCUUGUUAAUUUUGAGGAAUCCAAGACUUUCUUCGGCUUGUUUAAGCUUUGAAAUCGAGUGUGGUCAGCAGCCCCCCCUCACACACACACUAGGGUGUGAGGGCUACCUGAGUGCAGUGGCCAAACCAGGGUCACACACCACAAAACUCACCAAGAAACCAUGUUUUGGCCUUCAGUGUGAAAGAGUUCAAGCCGCUGGCAAAGGCUUGAAAGCAGACACCUGGGAAGCACCAGAGCUGUAUUGUGUCAUCCUGAAGAGAACUGGACAUGUUCUCCUUACAAAGAAACCCCCAACAAACUCAAAAUGUGAUGUGCUGAAGACCCCAUUGAAACUCAGUACUUGCUACCUGAGAAGAGGCUGGGGCCUGCAGCCUCACGUGGUGUCAUGGCCCUGGUGAGCUUGGGCCAGCAGGGACAGCUGGUGGGCAUUAUGGAGGUCCCUUGAGCCAGGACUGCAAGUGUUGUGCCACAAGGGUUGUGCCAUACUGCAGGGAGUGGUGUGGGAAUGAGUAGUGCCAACAACUGCUCACCCCGUGCCAUGGCUGCCCACCCUGCCUGGGCACGGGGCUCUGUGCCUGCUGUCCGACAGGCACCUGCCUGCAAGUUGGGCUGUUACAGCUGGUAUGUUCAUUUUGUGUUUAGUUAUUGAACUGUUCCCAUCCCAGAAAAUGCUCCUCAACCCCUUUAUUUAACUCAUCCCAACUGUCUUGCAAGGAACAUGCUAGAAGCAAUGGUGGCAUGAGGGGAGUUCUGACCCUGGAGUGG